CCUUAAGAGGGGUCUGUUCUGUCCAUGCCAGAGCAGUGCGCAUGUGCCGCCAGCGGCCCGCGCGGGCGCGAAGCCGCCAUUUUGGACACGCCCCCCUCGCGCGCAGGCGCGUUCGGAAACAACGGUGGCCGAGCAGGUUCGUUCCAAGCCGGCGCCCAGAUGCGCUGUUCGCGCCGCCGGGCUUCCCCAGCAGCCCGUCCGGCCGCUGCACGGUACCUCAGCCCCAGUGAGCCGCCGGUAUCCCUCCGCCGUUACCGGGGAGACAGCCCCGGCUUCUGCUCUCAGCACCAGCGCUCAGGAUAUAUAAUCCCAGUGGCGCCCCCCCCCCCCCGGCGGUUGGGGUCAUAACCCUGGUGCCCAGAAUCCCUCAGCUGAGCAGGACGUAUCCCAGCAGCCUCCUGCCCCGUAUCCAUCCGCAGGGCUGAUGCGCCCACGGGUCUAACACCCCAGCGCCUUAAGAAGCAGGUUACAUAUUCCUCCACCACAUGGGCUAAAUAGUCCCCCAUAGGUGCUGGACUAGGUGCGGCUUGACGUGGUUUCCAUCGUAUCCACGGCGGCAGCCAUGUCGGACUCCGGGCACAGCCAGCCCGGCCUGUACGGCCCCGACCGCCGGCGCCGCUGGAACCGUGACAAGGAGCUGGGCCCCCCGGGCGGCCCCCAGAGCCUGUCGGGGCCAGGCCGGGAGCGUGACUACGGCCCCUGGGACCGCGAGCGCCGGGAGCCCGUGGAGGAGCCGGUCGGGUCCGUGAUGCAGAAGACGCCCAUCAUCCUGGCCAAGCCGCCUGCUGAGAGGUCCAAGCUGGCCCCUGCCCCAGCUCCGGCCCCACCCGCCACUGCCCCGUCCCCCAUGGAGAAGCCCAUCGUGCUGAUGAAGUCGCGGGAGGAAGGCAAAGGCCCCGUGGAGGGUGCUGCCCAGCUCCCCACAGCUGCCGCCAAGGGGGAGAAGGAGGGACAGCGCCCCACGCAACCCGUCUACCAGAUCCAGAACCGGGGCAUGGGAUCCGCUGCCUCCAGCAGCACCAUGGACCCCGUGGUGGGCCAGGCAAAGCUGCUGGCCCCGGAGAAGAUGAAGCACAGCAUCAAACUGGUGGACGAUCAGAUGAACUGGUGUGACAGCGCCAUCGAGUACCUGCUGGACCAGACCGACGUGCUGGUGGUCGGGGUGCUGGGAUUACAGGGCACCGGCAAAUCCAUGCUGAUGUCUCUGCUGUCGGCUAACCAGCCUGAAGAAGAUCAAAGGGCCUACGUGUUCCGCACCCAAAGCCAGGAGAUCAAGGAGCGCGGGGGGAACCAGACCAGCGGCAUCGACUUCUUCAUCACCCAGGAGCGCAUCAUCUUCCUCGACACCCAGCCGAUUCUCAGCCCUUCCAUCCUGGACCAUCUCAUCAACAACGACCGCAAGCUGCCCCCCGAGUACAACCUGCCCCACACCUACGUGGAGAUGCAGUCCCUGCAGAUCGCAGCCUUCCUCUUCACCGUCUGCCACGUGGUCAUCGUGGUGCAGGACUGGUUCACCGACCUCAGUCUGUACAGGUUCCUGCAGACGGCCGAGAUGGUGAAACCCUCCACGCCCUCCCCCAGCCACGAGUCCACCGGCUCUUCGGGCACCGACGAGGGCACGGAGUAUUAUCCCCACGUCGUUUUCCUGCAGAACAAGGCCAAGCGGGAGAAUUUCUGUCCCCGGAACCUGAAGCAGAUGCACAUGGUUAUCGAUAAAAUCAUGAUGCACUCGCACCUGAAAUACAAGGGCACUCUCUCCAUGCUGGAGUGUAACAUCUUCCCUGGCCUGCCCUACGACUACCUGGACACGGAGGUGAAUCUCUUCCUGCUGCCGUUCGCGGACAGUGACGCCGACGACACUUUCCCCAGAGCAGCUCCUGGGGGUGGCCCCCUCUUCUCUCUGCUGCCCGGGUACAAGGGGCACCCCAGCUUCCAGUCGCUCAUGGCCAAGCUGCGCAGCCAAAUCAUGUCUAUGGCGCGGCCCCAGCUCUCCCACACCAUCCUGACGGAGAAGAACUGGUUCCACUAUGCGGCCCGGAUCUGGGAUGGGGUGAAGAAAUCCUCAGCACUCUCGGAGUACAGCCGCCUGCUGGCCUGAGCGACUGCCGCCCACGGAGCCGCCGCGCUGGGGGGCCGCACUGGGGCCCCCACCCUCUGCCUCCUGGGGCACAAGGGGCCUGCUGGGCAGCCCGGGAGGUGCUGUUUGGUCGCUGGCUCCAGGCGGGGUGCGGGAGAGCCCGGGCGGGAUGCCCCUCCUGGGCCACCAUCCCACUCCCAGAGGGCACCCGGGGCAGAGCCGCUCUGACACCCCCCCCCCCCCGAGCCAUCAGAGCUCUCCCAGCCAGACAGGGGUACUGGGGGGCGGGGGGGAGCCCUCGCCACUCCCAGCCUGCCCGGGGCUGAGAAUGCACCCUCUGCAAUGCCACGGGGCGGGGAUGAACCAUAGGGCAGGGCCAUAGUCCUGAACCAGUGCCCCAUGGAACUGAGCCCUUCAUCUCCUCUUCCUUCCUUCCUCCCCCCUUCAUCUCUCCUUGCCCCCUUCCUUCUGUCCUUCCCCCCCUCAUCUCUCCUCCUUGCCCCCUUCCACCCUUCCCUCCCUCCUUCCUUCCUUCAUCUCUCUUCCUUGCCCCCUUCCUUCUGUCCUUCCCCCCUUCAUCUCUCCUCCUCUCCCCUUCCACCCUUCCCUUCCCCUUCAUCUCUCCUCCUCGCCCUCUUCCACCCUUCCUUCCUCUCCUCCUUCCUUCUGUUCUUCCCCCCACCUUCACCUCUCCGUUCCUUCUUCCUUCUGUCCUUCCCCUGCUUAUCUCUCCUUCCUUCCAUCCCUCCCCCCUCUCAUCCACACCAGCCUUAAGGAAGAAUCUCUUUCCCCUCCCCCAUUCACGCCCCCUUCUUUGCCUUUCCCACUGUCCCUGCCGCAUGUGACGCUCAGACCCCAUACUGGGGUCCCCCCACAAUGGCCAUAGGGUCUCCCCUCCAUCCGUGAGGACCCUCCAUGCUGUGCCCUCCCCCCCUCUCCCCCCAACACACACACCACCCCUGCUAAUAAAGAGGGCUUGAAGCUGG